GGAUUGCAAUCUCAGUUGGCAAGUUCUACAAGGGAGAUCAUCAGGUGUUGUUCCUACAUCAAAAUAAAAAAUUAUAAAGCUUAGCGAGUUUAUAUCGAGAUUUAGAGUGAGUGGUUGCCAGAAUCAGAUUGUAAUUGAGCAAAAUGCCUCAUAUAGAUAAUGAUAUCAAGUUAGACUUUAAAGAUGUACUAGUCAGACCAAAACGGAGCACUUUAAAAAGCAGAGCAGAUGUUGACCUCACACGAUCAUUUAUAUUUCGAAAUUCUAAAAAAACAUACACUGGCAUUCCUGUUAUUGCAGCCAACAUGGACACUGUUGGAACAUUUGAAAUGGCCAAACAAAUGGCCAAGCACCUAAUGUUUACAACAAUACACAAACAUUAUAGCUUAGAUGAAUGGAAAGAUUUUGCAGCUAAGAAUCCAGACAUUCUUGGACAUGUCGCAGCAAGUUCUGGCAUUGGAGAAGGAGAUCUGGAAAAACUGAGUGCUAUCUUGGAGGCUAUUCCUAAUAUAACUUACAUCUGUAUUGACGUGGCUAAUGGUUACUCUGAACAUUUUGUGCAAUUUGUGCGUGACGUCAGGAAAAAAUAUCCAGAACACACCAUUAUGGCAGGUAAUGUUGUCACUGGUGAAAUGGUUGAAGAGCUUCUCUUGUCUGGCGCUGACAUUAUUAAAGUGGGCAUUGGGCCAGGCUCAGUGUGUACAACUCGCAAGAAGACUGGUGUUGGUUAUCCUCAGCUAAGUGCAGUUAUUGAAUGUGCUGAUGCUGCUCAUGGACUUGAGGGACAUAUCAUCUCAGAUGGUGGCUGCACUUGUCCUGGGGAUGUGUCUAAGGCUUUUGGUGCCGGAGCAGACUUUGUGAUGCUGGGAGGGAUGUUGGCUGGCCACACAGAGUCAGGGGGAGAAAUCAUUGAAAAAGAUGGAAAGAAGUACAAACUGUUUUAUGGUAUGAGCUCUGCGACAGCCAUGAAGAAACAUUCUGGAGGUGUAGCAGAAUAUAGAGCCUCAGAAGGUAAAACAGUUACCAUCCCAUACCGCGGUGAUGUGGAGGUCACGAUUCAAGACAUCCUUGGAGGUGUCCGUUCGACUUGCACAUAUGUCGGAGCUUCAAAGUUGAAAGAAUUGAGCAGGAGAACAACUUUUAUCCGGGUCACCCAACAAUUAAACGAAGUCUUUACCCCAAUCACUACAGAGCAUUAGCAUUGAGCUUUUUUUUUUUUUCCCCUUUUGAUUUGUUUGUUUUCUUCUCAUUAACCAGAUUUUAAAAAAUUGUGACCCAAAUAUUAAACUAGAAAUGUAACUUUAUUAGGAAAUUUUUUUUAAAUUAAGAAAAGGUAACUAAGUCAUAUUUUCAACAUAUGUAAAUAAAGGGCUGAUCUGAGAUUAACUUUUAAAGAAAUGAUUAAAUUGUAUGUAAUAAGCUCAUUGCAUAUUCACAAUUAUAUCCAUUGAAAUGAUGAUCUAUAUAAAGCGUAGUAAGUAAUAUAUUUACAUGUAAGCAUAUACAUUGUUGAACAAAAGAAAAUAUUUGUUGACUCAAAUCCAUGAUCAAAGUGAUCGUAAUUAGUGAUCAAAUUAUUUGUAGUUUAGCAUAUUAUACUAUUUACUAAUGUUUGUACUGGUGAACUGGAUCUUCUUAGGCCUAGUGUCUGGACCUAUGUCCCGUAAAUCACCAGCAUUCUACAGAAUGUUUGGAAGUCAAUACGUCUUUUUUUUUCACAUUCUUAAAUUGAUUGAUCUACAGCUUUGCUUCCAGGAGGCACAAUAUAUUGACCUUGAGUUUGCUUUAUGUGUGUGUUUGUGUGUGUUUACAGCUCACUUAGUGUGAUUCCAAACUGUAUCAAUGUUUGCUCCAUGUGCCAUAAUAUUAUAUAUGACAUCUCCGGUUAUACAUUUUUACCCAUUUUUUUUUUAUAUUGAUUGAUAAAUCUUUAUUUUUUUUAUUUUUUCAAUGUCUCUUAUUACAUAAAACUUAACAUUUGAAAACCUUUUUUUUUCUAUUGUAUAUCUUGCUUACACUGCUUUGAUAGUCAUUCAAUUUUUUUUAGACUGAUAUUUUUUAGCGGCCCCCAAAAGGGGAAAAGACGCUAUUAUUUUUGUGUGGCCUGUCUGUCGGUCCGUCCCAUUUAGAUCUCAGAAACUAGAAGAGAAAAUGAAAAUUGGACAUCAUGAUAUUUUAGAUCUAUCAAAGUUCUGAUGCAACGCCUACACCAUUAGUACUAGAUCUAGACUUACAGUUAGAGACUUAGAUCUAUUUCUAGUUCUAGGCUUAGAUCUAGUUCUAGUUUGUAUGACAAAUACAAUGGAGAUAUUAAUUUUUAUUUGCGAGGGGAAAGUCUUGUCGUUUGUACACAAUUAUAGCUUAAACUACGUCAAGAAUUUUAUAUUUUUUUCGUGCUGCCAAUUUAUCUAAUUUUGUUAGAAGAAUAAAUCUUUUUUAGUUUCUCUUUAUUACAUGUAACAUGUUAUUAAUUUUGAAUGUAUAGAUAAGGUUAAUAAUUAUUAUUUUAAAAAAUAUAAGUGUACGCUAAAUGAAUGGAGAUGCUGUGACUGAGGGGUAAAGCACUUGGAACCGGAAGUCCCAUGUUCGAAUCGUGGUGAAGAAUCUAGGUGGACGACUUCGGGGGUCGAUUUUGAGUUUGUGUUUCCACGCAAGCUGUCUUUGUAACCUUGUUUUAUGUUAUAUGACUAUAAAUAAUUUGUAGCAUUUAGGUCAUAGGCAUUAUUUUCAGAUUACUUUCAAUGUACCAUAACAUUCUGCCAGGGUAUUUCAAACAUUGUGUUCAUUUUGAGUUUUACAAAUAUAUAUAUUAGUUCUAAUGAUAGCCUAUAUCUUAUUAUUUUGUGGGGUUUUUUUGUAGUCCUUGUUUGCUUGGUUCAAUCAAUAGUAUUACAACAGUAUUAUAUUUGAUUUGUUUAGUCUGUAGACUAGCACAUAUUUCUCCUAUUAACUGUUAGACUGUAAGACAGUUUACAAGCACAAUCAAGCAGAAGAGUUUUUUUUUUCUCUCUAUUAAUAAUCCUAUUUUUCUUCUCAGGCUUUCUUUGCAUGUCUUCUGGUUUUAAAGCUCACUUUCAUUGGGUGCAAAACCAAACUCCACAGAAUUUAUAAGUUUGCAAGUGUUUUAAUGAUUUGUGUUAAGCUAUGGCCAUUUUUUCUCAUGAAAACUUAUCACUGAUUCAGAUCAGGGUAACCACUUUUUCUAAAACUUUUUUUCUCUCUAAGUGAUUAGUUCAGAUUCUGAUAGUUCUAUCCUUUCUAUUGAUCUCCACAAAUAUCUGAACAGAUUCACAAGCUUGUUGAGAUGUACAUUAAAUGUGUCACAUGCUAAUCAAAAAGAAUACAAUAGACUUACAACUAUAUGCAAGCAGAAAUUGAAGUUAAAAAUGUCACUCAAAUCAUGAAAACUCACCACUCUUCUGUACAUUGAAACCAAUUUUCUUUCAAAUUGUCGGAAUAUAUCUUUAAGUCCUUUCAACUCCCAGAUUAGCAUAAAGAUACGACAUUAUUACACCAUCAGACUCUGUUCCGGGCUGUUCCCCUUCAGUUGAGUCCAUCUUUGUUUCUAGGUCUACCAAUCCCCCUCCAUAUUUGUUUUAGUUUCCAAGGCUUUCUCUUCCCUUAUGGGUUCUAGACUAGAGCUUGUUUUGCAAUUUGUUCCUGCUGUUCUUUGCAUCGUCUGCUCAAUCCAGCCCCAUUAGUGUCAUUCAUUUCAUGCUGUAUUGUUGUUUGCUGUUUGGCUGUAGUUUGAUAUUCGAAAAUGUACUUUUCAGUAACCAUCUUUACUAAUACAUUUUAUUAAGGAAGAUAUCAGUUUGUGUAAUGUAUCUGACUUAUCUGUAGUCUAUUCUUUGAAAUAUUUAUUAGGACCAGAUGGACCGUUGCUCUAUUAUUAUUAUAGUUCCUAAGUUGGCCAUUUUCAGUCAUAACAUGACAAUGAUUCAUCUUUGCAAAUUGUUUGAACUUAGAUAUAUUUAUAUGUUUCUUUAAUGAAAUCACACUCAUCCUUAAUCUUUGGAAUCAAAGACAAUGCUUAUUGUUAUAGAAUUGUUAAGACUUUGUCAAAAUGCUUUUAAAAUCAGUUUGAAGUUACCAUCUGAGAGUGUUGAAGCAAUUUGAGGGUUAAUAAAAGUAGAACUUUUUUUUUGUCUCUGGUAAGAAUGUAUCACCUUUUUUUUAACUAACCUUCUUAUACUGUAUAAAUAAUUUAAUAUCACAACUGCAGAUAUUUCAUUCCCAUAGUGUAGGAAAAUGUUCAUAAAGCUAAACUUGGUGUAUGUUUCUUAGUGGAAUGUUUCUCUUUGUUUUCAUUACAUGGAUUUAUAAACAAGAACUUAAUGAUUUUUUUUUGUGUCAAGAUUUUAAUACCUUGCUCAUACGUCAUAUCCACACAUUGAGAUCUUUGACCCUGUGAGGUGAAUUGUUUUCUUAGAAAUUUAUUUCUGUUUUUGUACUGUAGUCAGUUUGCUUGAUGUUUUAAGACUUUUUUUCUUAGGUCAUUUUUUUUUUUAUUGUAUGUUCAUGUGAACACAAAAACCAACUGAAAAGUGAAACAAUGUUUAGAAAAUAAAUAUUGACACAGCAUUUUUAAGUCUCAUUGACAGUGUUUUUCUAAAAGACAUUCUACCAUUGCUACACAAAUUAUAUAUUUGAACUUUGUAUUAUUUAAUCUACUGGCAAUUGGUUUAAUCUACUAGCACUUUACUUACUACAGAAAAUGUUUGAGAUUGUCAAGACGAAAUGUAAAGGUUGUUUAUGGUUUUGCAGUGUCUUCCCUUUGUUGUUGGAAAUAAACUGUUAGAAACUCAA